CACACACACAAAGGUCUCCUCCUCCAUAUGGCUAAAUCCAAUUAAUCCUCUUGUUUCUUUGGCUUGUGUCUGAGCUCGAACCUAAAGAUAAGAAUCCACCAUCAUGUCUUUAGCUCCGACCAGUUAUCCAUCUCUCUCUUCACUGCCAAGAACCAAGCAAAACCCUGCCUUGAUCACUCAACCCAGUUUCAUUUCGGUGAAAAGUCUCUUCCUUUCGAGCAAUUCGUGCAAUAGCCAUGUGGCAAAACGGGGGAGUUUUGCUUUGAAAGCGUCGGAGACGGAUUCAACAGCCAAACCUGAAGCAGGAAAAGAGAAAGAUGGUGGAGAAGGAAAUGAGGAAGAAGAAGAGAAGUACGAAACGUAUGAGAUAGAAGUGGAGCAGCCUUAUGGUCUGAAAUUCAGGAAAGGAAGAGAUGGUGGGACUUACAUUGAUGCUAUUUUGCCCGGUGGUUUCGCCGACAAAACCGGCAAAUUCACAGUCGGCGACAGAGUUAUUGCCACAAGUGCAGUGUUUGGGACAGAGAUUUGGCCUGCAGCUGAGUACGGUAGGACUAUGUACACCAUCCGUCAGAGAAUUGGUCCUUUGCUUAUGCAAAUGGAGAAACGAUAUGGUAAGGUGGAUGAUUCUGGUGAGCUAACAGAGAAAGAGAUAAUUAGAGCUGAGAGAAAUGCCGGAUUCAUUAGCAGUAGGUUGAGGGAAAUUCAGAUGCAAAACUAUCUGAGGAAGAAAGAACUGAAAGCUCAACGGGAGAAGGAUCUUCGUGAAGGGCUUCAGUUUUCCAAGAAUGGUAAAUAUGAGGAAGCACUGGAAAGGUUUGAGUCUGUGUUAGGCUCCAAACCAACACCAGAUGAAGCAUCAAUUUCAAGUUACAAUGUUGCUUGUUGCUACUCUAAGCUUAAUCAGGUUCAAGCUGGUCUCUCGGCUCUGGAAGAAGCACUGAAGUCAGGGUAUGAAGAUUUCAAGAGAAUCCGAAGCGAUCCAGAUUUGGAAAACAUCAGGAAGUCGGAAGCUUUCGAUCCACUCAUGAAGCAGUUUGAUGAAUCUUUCAUCAACGAGAGUGCCAUUAACGCCAUCAAAUCCUUGUUUGGCUUUAACAAGAAAUAGUUCACCACCUCAAGUUCAUAGCUUCUCUUUUCUUCUCUUCUUGGCUAUAUAUAUACUGGUGAGGAAUUGUAUUCAAUCGUAUAAGGUGUUCUUUUUUACAUGUGAAUCUCUCUUUACCAUUACAUUCAAUUUGUAUUUUCUCAUAUGAAAUGAAAGUAAAACUAUUACCUAAA